ACGUGACUCGACGUCGCGCCCGGCCCACAAUCCACCGCGCCGGGGACUUUCCCACCGUAGCCCUCGAAGCCCUGGACCGUCGAGCGCUGUCAUUUCUCGAAACAACCCCAAACAUGGUGGAUAUUCCAAAGAGCUUGAUGAAGAUGUACAGUGUAACGGGGCAAAUCAUUGAACUAUGUGGAUAAAGAGAGUUUGGUAAAAAGAAGCCACAAUGACAGACGGUCCCUCCGUGUCCGUGAUCAGUCAGAUUGCUGAUGAACUAACCAGCGAGGAAAAGAAAGCCCUGCUGUACAUGUGUGCCGAUCUGAACCUGCAGGCUCCUGCGCAGGACGUCAAAGAAGUGUUAAAAAUGGUGACAAACAGAAGUGACUUGGCAGGCCAGGCGGUCCUCCUGGAGCUCAUUUACAGAAUUAAGAGGUUUGACCUGCUAAAACGGUUACUGAGGUCGACUAAGACAGAAGUGGAAGGCUUCUUGGGAUCAAAGCAGUCUGCUGUUUCUAUGUACAGGGUCUUGAUGGCGGAUAUCAGUGAAGAGCUUGACAGAGGUGACUUACAAUCGCUCAUAUUCCUGCUGACGGACUCCCUGCCACGAGGACGGCUGAGUCAAAUUAAGAGUUUCCUGGAUUUGGUGAUCGAACUGGAGAAGUGUGGCAAGGUCUCUGCUGAGCAGCUGGAACUAAUCGAAGGCAGCUUACAAAAGAUACACCGAAUGGAUCUGGCAAAGAAAGUGCUCAAGUACAAGCAAAACGAGCAAAUCCAUCGUGCAGGUGGUGCCGUGUCAUAUCCGAACCAAAAAUCCCAUUACAUUCCACAAGCACACGGAGCUGGCAGUGACCCGCGAUCUCCAGUAGGAGCAGGCUGUACACCUUUUGCGACAUGGGACAAUGAGAACAUAAAAAUGUCCGUAGAGGAGUCUGGAUUUCCACAUUCUCAGAAUCCAGGAAUUUACAAACUGCUGAGGCGUCCGCUUGGAGUGUGCCUGAUAAUAGACAGCAUUGGCAUCGAUGGAGAUAUACUGCGCCACACCUUUGAGAAACUUCACUUCAGAGUCGUGCUUCAUAAGUGGCUCAGCCUCCAGGACACCUACCUGGCUCUGACGGAGACCGCGAGGAUGCAGGAGCACAAGGAAGCUGAUGCUUUUGCCUGCUGCAUUAUCAGUCGAGGUUUCUCUUCGGGGAUGCUUGCCACCAACAAUGAGGGUCCAGGUUUGCAUUUUGAAGAUGUCAGGAGGCUGUUUUCAGCUAAGCAGUGCCCGUUCCUGAUGGCCAAGCCAAAGCUCUUCUUCAUUCAGAACUAUGCCGUUCGGCAGCCGGGCGGUUACUUCACCCUGGUCACGGGUGAUCUGGAGGUGGAUGGGUACUCGCACAAUGCUGAAGUGGAGCCCAUCCUAACUGAAGCUGACCUGUGCUGGAGUUACAGCAGGUGUGACGCAUGCAUGCUGGAAAUUCCAGGUCACCACUCGGAGUUCCUGUGUACCUUAUCAACGGCACUGAUUUCAGGGCAGAAAAGGCAGGCAGAUCUCCUGGACGUGCUCACAGAAGUCAAGAGUGCCACGAAUGAGAAGAACUGUCACAACCUCAAGGACGUCUGCUACAUGACCCUGCAGCACAGCCUUGUUAAGAAGUUUGUGCUUCAGUAGGAGAGCAGCAUGCCGUUCAGCCCAGGCCACUUGCACUGUGAAGCUUGGGGGAAACGAGUCGGAGCGAGAGAGGUUGAUUUCUAGAUUGAUCCCCACAUCGUGUUCCCAUUUGUCAGGUGUGGAGUUUUUUGGGGGUUUUUUUGGUAGUCCUGCAGGGUAACCAGAUUAACUGGUGGAGCAAAAGUGUUGGAUUUAUGAUGAAUGUUGAUCAUCUAAAUCAUUCUGGGUGGUUCUGAUAUGGCCAACUAACCUGUGUCAACAGAAGGGGUUGAGUUGCUAACCAAAGAUGGAUGAAGAGGAUUCGGUAAAUGAUGUAGUGUGCUGAAGGGUGUCACAUGUUGAAAGAGUUGUAGAUGAUGUUGGCAUUUAAUGAUUCUAUGCAAGUGAUCCGCGUGUCGGCUUAUUGUCAAGCAUGUUGUUAGGCUUAUUGCAGGGUCUGCUGGGAUGACGGACCCACCAUUCUAUUAACCCCAAGACUAAGCUCUGGGAUGUUGUGCACAGCAGUGGCUUAUCUACACAGGCUGCAUUACAGUGGAAGAAGGAGAGUUCAAACACCUCAGAACACUCUGGACGAGAAUCGCCAGUCCUGUCCAUUUAACUCCUCUAAAACAAACAUCAUGUCGAGUUUGGACAGUCCCUAAAGUCUCGCUGUCCACCACACUACUUGGUCUCUCAUUCCAGAUGUCUGUGGUUCUCUUCCUAAUGUUUGUGUGAAAUUUCCCCCUUCACAAGUCUCCAGCCGUGUCCCCAUGUUCUUGAUGAACUCAUUUUAAAGUCACCGUCUUGAUCCACUAGACUAACUCCUCUUCAUCAUUUUAAACUCCUCAGUCAGGUCUCCUCUUCAUCUCCUGUAAAGGCUCGGCUCUUUUAUUCUUCCUUCACAAUUCAUCCCCCUGCAGCCCUAGAAUGAGCCUGGUCGCUCUUCACACGCUGCUAUGGCUCCCCCCAGCACUGCCCUCCCCUUGGCAUGUGAACACUAUUAGGGCGCUGCGGGUCAUUUGGACACUACAUUCACUGCUGUGCACACACCACAUUCAGACAUUUACGAUUUGUAUUCUUAUGACAUGUAGCAAAACCGAUGCCAGCCUUGUGCAUAUUCAGGAAACGAGAGUCUAGAACACGGGUGUCGAAGUCCAGUCCUGGAGGGCCGCAGUGGCUGCUGCAGGUUUUCAUUCUAACCAUCUUCUUCAUCAGUGAGCCAUUUUUACUGCUCAUUAACUUCUUUUGCUUUAGUUUUAAUUAACUUGACUCGGGCCCCUUUGUUGUCUCUUUUUCCUUAAUUAGCAGCCAAACAAUAAUGAGACAGGUGGCACGGUGGCCAGGCACAGGCAAAGUAGGCGACCGCCUAGGACCCCCACUGCCAAAGGGCCCCGCCCAGCCUUUUUUUUUUUUUUUAGCCAUACCCAAAUACAACUUACAGGUUCAUAUUUCAGAAGUACAAAUUUUCGGUGGGAGAAUUAUCAGUAUGGUUACAUGUGAGCAGAGAGGAACCAGUGAUGACGGGCAGCAUCGACGGUGACAGGGGGUCCUGGGGUAGCAGGUGGGGCCCCAAUGGGGGGGGCAGAUCAUACCCCUCACCUGCCAGGGCGUCUGCACAUCAGAUCAAUUACAAUGGCUUAGCAUUAAUAUCCGUUGAGCACAAAGUCAUCGACUCCCUCGAUUAUUCACACUUAAUGUAACUUAUUAUUAUUUAUUAUUAAUCAAAGACUUUGCAAAAAUGAAAGUACGCAAGGUAUUUUUACAUUAAAGGUUUGAUUUUACAUGCUAUGUUAGCUUUAGUCAGUAGGUUCCUUUGACCUGUUCCUCUCAAAUCUGGUAUAUAUAAUAUACAGUUGUAACAGUUUGAGGGCGCUGUCGCUCCCUUGAACCCUUGUUCGAGACGCCAGACACCAGAUAAAAGUCCAAUAUGACUUUAUUUUAUCAAUAAACAGUGCACAAAGCACCCUCCGCUCCACAAUACUCAUAAAUCCAAUAAUCACAAUCCUCCUCACUCCCAGACGCGUUGCCACCCUUCCACCCAGCUCAGCUAAACGUCCUUUUAUAGUCCUUGACCCGGAAGUGUUUCGCCCUCUCUGUCCACGUGACUAGGAACACCUCUGGGUCAUAAAAAAAAUCCUUUUCUUCACCCCGGAAGCACGUCAUUCCUCUUGUUCAUGUGACUUUGACGUACUUCCAGGGCGUAGGGAAAAUAAUUACUGCUCCUCCCUGCAGCGCCCUCUAGCGGCCCCCGUGGUAUCCAGCAGGACUGUAAAGGAAAACUCCAAUGUCCAUAAUUCCCUGCUGGCAUUCAGGGUACCUCCACACUGUAAGGAGAGCUCCACCUGGUGGCCUGGGGGUAUUGGCCGGGAUAAUUGGCUGGCCACCUAUCACACAGUGUAAUCAUAAAAUGAUAAGCUUUACCUCACUUAUUGUUACACAUUUAUAUCCAUCCAUCCAUUUUCCAACCCGCUGAAUCCAAACACAGGGUCACGGGGGUCUGCUGGAGCCAAUCCCAGCCAACACAGGGCACAAGGCAGGAACCAAUCCUGGGCAGGGUGCCAACCCACCGCAGGACACACACAAACACACACACACACCAUGCAUACACACACGGGGCAACUGAGAAUCGCCAAUCCACCUAACCUGCAUGUCUUUGGACUGUAGGAGGAAACCCAUGCAGACACGGGGAGAACAUGCAAACUCCACACAGGGAGGACCCAGGAAGUGAACCCAGGUCUCUCAACUGCAAGGCAGCAGCGCUACCCACUGCGCCACCGUGCCGCCACACACUUAUAUGGUUAAAAUAAUUAUUAUGCAUUCAUAUGGAUAGAAACAGCAAGGCCCCAACAGGUACCUUUGCCUAGGACCCCCAAAAACCUAAGAACGGCCCUGCGGUGGCACAGUAAGGAGACCAGGGUUCACUUCCCAGGUCUGCGUGGGUUUCCUCCCACAGUCCAAAGACAUGAAGGUUGGGUGCAUUGGCCAUCCUAACAGUGUCCCUAGUGUGCUUGGUGUGUGUGUGCCCUGCGGUAGGCUGGCGCCCUGCCCGGGGUUUGUUUCCUGCCUUGCGCCCUGUGCUGACUGGGAUUGGCUCCUGCAGACCCCCGUGACCCUGUAGUUAGGAUAUACAGUAGCAGGUUGGACGAUGACUGACUGACUGACAAUAAGGAGACACACAUGACCAGCUCACCUGUGCCCAUCACACAAUAUCUCAAAAUAAAGAAAGGUGAAGCUCUCAGUAAGGUUGACCUCUCAGGUCACCAAAACAUUUUGUUGGCGUUCUUAGAAAAAACAGAAAAUCAACAGUUUUAGAAAUGUCUGCUGCGGCAGAAUGAGAGCAGCGACAGGCCAUGGAAUUAAAUAACGGGUUUAAAUAAUCGGCUUCUCAUUAAGAGAUUGGUUGGAGUGAAAUUGGCUCAAGUCUGAAGCCCCAGUUUAGCCGCUCAUCUGUCGGCUCGUUCCACGUCUCAUUUCUCUUUGGCUGUCAUUUAAUGAAGAAAGGAAUAAAUUCAGAGGACUGAAUCCUUAAAAACAGGGAUUUUAAAAUGAAGGGAAAAGAAGUUAAUUAGCAGUGGAAACUGAUUGGGAAAAGAAUGAAAACCUGCAGCCCUCCAGGCCCGGAGUUGGGGACCCCCGGUCUAGAAGUUCUGCCUAUAGGAGGUGACACAAGAAGAACGGGGUGCAAGGGAGACGGGACAGUAGGUGGAAAUCGAGGGCCUUGAAAAAACAAAAUCCUUGUUGCCUUAAUUAUUGUUCCUACAAAAUAUUUAUUGAUAUAUAGUUUUUAUUUUUUUAUUUAACCAGGACAUUAAUAGAUGUCUCUUUUAUGAAGUAUUGCAUUUACCAUUUCCUAUUAUUGCACUCAUUAUUGUUUACUGCUUUAUUGUAUUUAAAAUGUCAGGUUUUACAUGAAGCUGAAACUAUUAGUUAGUACCGUUCCACUUUAAAAAACCAAAUUGCGAUUGUAUCUGAACUGAAAUGAAGCCGAUCGUCAUCCAUCUCUGUUUACUUCACAUUUAACAGAAGAGAAGUUGUACUUUUGAUGUAUGAUCUCAUUAUUUUAAUGAAUAAAACAAAUCAAAAUGGC